AUGAAAAUCGCCUACACAGCGGUUCUUGUUUUCCUUUUGUCGUCCACCAGUGUCACUUCCUAUAGGAUUCCGCAGUCGGAUCUGGUCGCUCGUGAUGUAGUCGCUGUCGAUUCAUUUCGAGCCCCAGAUCUCGAAAAACGUCGAGGAGGAGGCGGUGGACGAGGUGGCGGAAGCGGAGGAUCCGGUGGGGGACGCAGUGGAAGCGGCGGAAGCGGUAGUUCAUCGGGUUCCGGUGGGCGUACAGGAGGCUCAUCUCGCCCUGGUUCCACCUCUAGUAGCAAUCGCAUUGGCGGUGCCUACUACGCUGGCGGCGCCACAUCUACAUACAGGGCCGGCACGCGAUCUCCUCUGGGAGUCACUCCUUUCCUUUUGCCAGUCGCUGCACUGGCCAUCUUCCCUGGUAUCUGGCUCUACGGAGCAUAUGCAUACCCGUACAGUCAUCGUUACAACUAUACAAAUGAAACUUCUCGCCAAAACGAAUCAUUGCCGGUAGUCUGCUUGUGUCAAGAAUACUCAGAUUGCGGCUGUGACGAUAACAAUAACAGCACCUACUAUCAAUCACUGUUCAAUGGCACUCAACCUGUGAACUCGAGUAUCGCCAAGGUUGUCAACGCCAACGGAACCGAGACCAUCUACAUUAACGGAACUGUGCCGAACGCAACGGACUCUACGAGCUCGUCCACCUCCUCAGCUCCCGCUACAGCCCUUCUUGAGGCUAGUGGAUACUGGGUUAUGGUCGCUCUGGUGGCUAGUAUGGUUUGGGCGCUAUGA